AUGGCGCUGAUCAAAUUCGAAACUCUCGGCUUCAAAACGGGAGUUCACAAACCAAUGGGUGAUGUCACGCUAGGUUGCCACAACGUGAAGGUGUGUCUUCUUCAAGGACGCCACGCCACGGUCACACCUUGUUGUUUUUGUGUUUUUCUUAGGUCACUAUUAGGAAGUAGCAGGAUAUCCAGCCAGUCUACAAUAGACUCCAUGAAUGAGGACAUUGAGGAAACAUUUUCCAAACGAGACAUGCCUAUCAACUUCCCAGAUGUCCAAGGGAAGAAAGACACUGUGAAAGAAUUGGUGACAGAAGAAAUGUUAAAAGAAGUCAUAGACGUCUACAUCUCUGAGACGGACAGCAUUUCACUGCUGGACAUACCCUGCUAUGUUGUGUCAGUGGAUACUGAUGAUGCAGAAGUUAUCAUAGAGAGAAACAAUCAGUAUGCUGAAGUUUGCAGGAACAGAAUGGGCAAUGAUCGAUCAAUGCAGACACUGAAUGAAGCAGUGAAAAACAAACAUGUCCAGAUCGAUGGCAUGGUAAUGGUGGACACAGCCACGACUGUCAGCACCUGGGACAUGUAUGACACUCUGUGCAGCCCUGAGCAGGAUGACACUGUGCGCAGUCCUGAACCAGAGAAACUUAACUAUCCAGAUGCUGUCUUGGGCAUAAGCAGAGGUGCAGAGAGGGGCAUGUCAUUGGGCAGCACAGCCAGCAUAGCCAGUGCUGCUAGCUCACUGAAGGAUGUGGAAGUGUUUGGAAACACCUUGAAUUCUGAGUCAGACCUGCAGCUCAUCAUGCAUUCAGAGAAAUUCCAAUACUGCUUACUGGUAAUGGAGAGAGGCAUCCUUGGAAAUAUCUUUCAACCUAACCUGGCUGUAUACAGACAGCUGCCUGCACUGGAAGACCCAGACAGUCCGGUGAAGCCUGGGACCAUGGAGCAGAGGAAGGAGGAUGCAGAAAGCUGUGGGUCUCCUGCUCUGCAGCGUCUGUGGACUUUCAGCUGUGAGCUCAGCAGAGGACGCAGUGUUAGCAGCAUGGCCUGGAACAAGAAGAACCCGGACCUCCUAGCUGUGGGUUAUGGUGAAUUGGUUUCCAGUGACCUGAAACCUGGCCUGGUGUGCUGCUGGUCCCUCAAAAACCCCACAUGGCCGGAGCGUGUUGUCCACUGUGACAGCGCUGUGACCUCUCUGGACUUUUCAGCCAACAACCCCAGUCAGCUGGCUGUGGGGAUGCAUGAUGGCAGCAUCGCUAUCUACGAUGUACAGAGUCAAGACAAAAAGUGGCAUGUGAUCAGCAGCAGCGAGUGUCCCAAAAAGCACUUGGGUCCAGUGCGGCAGCUCAGAUGGACUCAACAAAAGCUGAGUUUAACAGGAGAGGAGAAGGUGGAGGUGCUCUUCUCUGUGGCUGCUGAUGGCAGGAUCAGCAUCUGGUUUGUCCUCAACAGUGGCCUCGACUGCAUAGACCUUAUGAAGCUCAAGAGGAUUCAUAAUAUGAAGAAGAAGGCUGGAAGGAACAAAGACAAGACAGAAAGUGUUCUGUCAGCACUGACUCCUGGUCUGUGCUUUGACUUCCAUCCAACAGACUCCAGUCUCUACUUGGCUGGAACGUGGGAUGGUCACAUCCACAAGUGCUCCUGUUCCAACAGUCAGCAGUUUCUGGAGACUUUCAGGAAACACUUUUGUCCUGUGAACUGUGUCGCAUGGUGUCCACUCAGUCCUGACGUUUUUCUGAGCUGCUCCUCUGACUGGACCAUCCAGCUGUGGAAGCAGGACCACCUUCACCCCGUGUUAGGUUUUACUUCUACCCAGAGGGCAGUGUACGACAUCAAGUGGUCCCCAAAGUGGGCCACUGUAUUUGGAGCUGUUAAUGAGGGACAGCUCGAGAUCUGGGACCUGAAUUCAAGCGUCCUCGACCCAGUUGCUGUGCAACCUGCUGCCACUAGUGUGAUGAUGAGGUCCCUGCUGUUUGCCUCACACACAGAUUGUGUCCUGGUAGGAGACAGCGAUGGACAAGUGACAGUUUACCAGCUCAAGAACCUCAGUGUGGGAGAGAGCAGCCAGGUAAAACUCUAG